GUCGUUUACUAAAUAUAUUAAUAUGGUAUUUGCGCAACUUUAGAGAUUUGUAAGUUUAUUAAAAAAAUUAAUUAAAUCAAAAAAAAAAAAUGGUUCAAGAACUUUUGUCAAGGUUUAAUUACUGGUUGUAAAGGUAGAUUAAAUAAAUUUGAAGCUAUUAAAAUUAUAGUUUUUCGUCUAACCGUACUAAACCGGCGACGCCUCUGUAAGCCUGAAGGAAUAUUUAAUGUCAAUAGUCUCACCAGCAACAUAUGAAUUCAUCAAGACUGAAAAAGUAGGAGCCAAAAACAAUGUUCUUUUAAUUACCUUAAAUAGACCAAAGGCAUUGAAUGCUCUUUGUGAUAAAUUGGUGUGUGAAAUUAAUGAUGUUUUGGAUAAACAUGAAUCUGAUGCUAACGUUGGAGCUGUUGUCAUCACAGGAAGUGAAAAAGCUUUUGCAGCUGGUGCUGAUAUCAAGGAAAUGCAAAACAAAACUUAUUCGGAAACUCUUCGAGAUAAUUUCUUAUGUCAUUGGUCCAGAAUUGCUCAAUUCCGAAAGCCUGUGAUUGCUGCUGUCAACGGAUUUGCUUUGGGUGGUGGCUGUGAAUUGGCCAUGAUGUGUGAUAUUAUUUAUGCUGGAGAUAAGGCUCGUUUUGGUCAGCCUGAAAUUGCAAUUGGAACAAUCCCUGGAGCUGGUGGCACCCAACGUUUGACCAGAUCUGUUGGCAAAUCUAAGGCUAUGGAAAUAUGUCUUACUGGCAACAUGGUCACAGCUGAAGAGGCCGAAAAAAUGGGCUUGGUAAGCAAGGUAUUCCCUGCUGAUAAAUUGGUCGACGAAACUGUAAAAUUAGCAGACAAAAUUUCAUCACAUUCUCCACUUAUUGUCUCAUUGUGCAAAGAAGCUGUUAACACUGCUUUGGAAACUUCUUUGCAAGAAGGGUUACACUUUGAGAAGAGAGCAUUCCAUGCUACAUUUGCCACUAAAGACAGAUUGGAAGGUAUGACUGCUUUCGUAGAGAAACGAGCACCUAACUUUAAGAAUGAAUAAAAAGACUACUCGAAUUUUAUAACUCUAUAUGUAUA